AUGGUGAUGGAGCAGGACUGGACGGUGACGGCGGGAACGGCGGCAGCACCCGUGCCUGCGCCUGCGGAGGAGGAGGAGGAAGAGGAGGAGCCUUGGAGGCCACCGUCGCCGCAGCCCUCCCCGCCCCGUGUGCGGGACAUCGUCCACAAGCUCCCAGCUUGCCUUCAGGAGGAGGUGGAGGAAGAGGAGGAGGAAGAGGAGGAGGAGGAGGAGGAAGAAGAAGAAGAAGAGGAGGAGGAGGAGGAUAAGCAGGUUGCCAGCCAGCCGGUGGCUCGCGCUUGUGUCGGGACUGCGUCUGAGGUUAGGGUGGUCACGUCGGCGCCGGGAAAAGUAAUUAUGUUCGGGGAGCACGCGGUGGUGUACGGGAAAACCGCAGUUGGGGCGGCCGUGUCGGACCUGCGCGUCGUCGUAAUGGCGAGCACCACCGUGGAGCCUGAGCUGGUGCUAGAGCUGCCCGAUCUUGACGUGAGCUUCCGGAGAACAACGCUGGAGUUGUCGGACGCGUUCGGCUUCUCCCUAGCGGUCGCCCCCAGAGCGAAGCCGACGCCUCCCGGCCCGGCCCACCUGGACCUAAUCUCCGCCUUCGUGGGCGACGGAGGGCGGUCGAAGGACGGGAAGAAGGCUCUCGUAUCGCUUGUGUUCCUGGCGCUCGCGAUUGUCCCCGAGAUUUUCCUCGGAAAAGCUGGGGCCGGGGCCCGGGGGCUAUCCUUGAGGGCGUUUAGCGCUUCCCUCCCGGUAGGGGCGGGCCUGGGGUCUUCGGCCGCUCUCUGCGUAGCCACCUCGGCUGCCCUCACGCGGCUNGGGGGGGGGGGGGGGGGGGGGGGGGGGGGGGGGGGGGGGGGGGGCUGCUACGGCGGGGCGAUAAAGUUCGUGAAGGGCAUGGAUGGCGCCGCGAACACGACGGAGGUGAGAGGGGGAGGCGGAGGCUGCGCCGUAACCAUCCUGUCGGGCGAAGACCUCUGCAAGGCGUCCCUGGUGGAAGCGAUGCUUGGGGAGGGCUUCAAGUGCUACGAGACUUCGAUCGGAGGGGACGGUGUGUUGUUCCACGGGGACGCCGUUCCCCCGCCGUUCGUUGCGACGGCGGCAGCGGCGGCCGCGGCAGCCCCAGCAGCGGUUGCUAUGGGCGGCGAUGGGGUAGAGAUAGAAGGUGGAGGAUGCAGCAUGUUUUUAGGUGGAGUUCCUGCGGGGGACCGGGAAGGGACCGGGUUGGGAGUCGCGGCGGCGGCGGUGGCGGUGGUGAUCGCUGCUGCCGUCCCCAUUUUCUUGGGGUGGAGGGGCUUGCGGUACUACUGAGAUAGGAGGUCGGCCCAACGUUGGUCGGCCGUGGUUGUCGGGUGGAGACUAGUCGGUGCAGCGUGAGUGUGUCUGUGUGCAGUUAAUAGCAUCGACCGAGCUAGCUGGCUGACCAUGAAAUGAAAGUACUUCAGUCUGUCUCAUCACGAGUGUGUGUGUGCUGGAUUUUGCCCCCUUGCUUGUUUUGUAGUCUACUGAAGUGUCUGGCUUGUUGUUGAGACUGUGAGGCUUGCUUGCCUCCGGAGGUGCGAUCAAGUUGAAAUCAAGAGGUUCGGCCGACGAAGGCAGUGUUUUGUGUACAAUAGCUUAUGAUUAUGGUGCACUUUUUGUGAAACAGAAGGCGUUUCGGGCGGUGUUUGGCACGCUUUUCGUCACGUCGUGUGCUUUUAAUUUCCGCUCUCUCUUUUCCAUUUUUUUUCUCAGGAAAAGUGGGCGUAAAGCCUUGCAGAAUUUGGCUUUUGGGAGUAAUUGCCACCGCGUUGCCGGCUUGCCACCUUCUCGCAAGUGGCAUAGAAGUUUGGGACGCCGGGGUUAUAUUUCUCGUUCGUGGCAGGUGGCGAUCGCACCACUACCGGUUAAAAGACGGUCGCUUGGGAGAGCGUAUGCGGAACGGUAGAUGGUACAAGGGCGGCGCUGACAGUGUACAGUACAUCGUGAAAAAUGGCAGAUAACACAUCCGAAAAUACGAAGAAAGACUUAGAAAAGAAGACGUUGCGUCGUGUCUUGAUCGCUGCUGCUGUCACUCAGGACGGUUUGAAGGGGCGAGCGGGGUUGCUCACGUCAUUUGCAACCGCCGCGUCGCUUGACCUGACAAGUCAGCUCUGGAUGAAGGACAGUUGUUUCCGCAUUACACUGUUUUCGUCCUAUUUA